CUCUCUGCUUGCUUCGUCUCUUUGUGCUGCGCGUGGCUUCACGGCUACUGCCAGAAUCGUCCAACGUCUCUACAUGAUGAUACCAGUACCAACUUUUAUCUCUUUUUUUAAUCGCUUCUUCCUUUUCAUUUUAUGGGCUCUUUUAUUUACUUGAAAUUACUUUCCUUCCAAGCUGCAACUGAAGAAAAAGGUCGGAGAGGAAUUUUCUUGUUCUUAGUUUUUCUUCCUAAACUUUUGUUUCUCCUUUCUCCUGCUUGGUUUGGAAGAAAUUUUUAGGUAAAGCUCAAGAAAUUUCAAUUCUUUGCGUGAAAAGUUGGAUAUUUUUGCCCCCGCAACAAUGGUGACUUUCUUUUGCUCAAAUUUCUUAGCUGGAUAGAUCACUCUUAAUUGAACCCGUGAGAGUCUAGCUUCGUUGUAGCUUAUUUUGUUGAAAAAUGGCUACUGCUAAUGCUUUUGCUAUCUUUGCCAACCUGGGUUGUGCUAAUUCUGGCUUAUCCAAGUUUAAGGUUCAGUUUUGUGGUAGAGGUUUAAGUGUUAAUUGUAGUCAAAGCCCAGGUUUUAUAGCGGCAAAAGGAAGCAAAAUUCGGGAAUUUAGACUGUUUAAAUCAGUGGAAGUGGAUAGGUUCAUAACCAGUGAUGGUGAGGACGAAAUGAGUGAAGGCUUUUUUGAGGCGAUUGAGGAAUUAGAGCGAAUGGCCAGGGAACCCUCUGAUGUUCUCGAGGAAAUGAAUGAGAAAUUGUCUGCCAGAGAAUUACAGCUGGUAUUGGUGUAUUUUUCUCAAGAGGGGAGGGACUCAUGGUGUGCAUUGGAGGUGUUUGAUUGGUUGAGGAAGGAGAAUAAGGUGGAUAAGGAGACGAUGGAGCUCAUGGUUUCGAUAAUGUGUGGAUGGGUUACGAAGUUGAUUGAGAGGAAGAGUGAUAUUGGGGAUGUUGUGGCCCUUCUGGUGGAUAUGGAUUGUGUUGGGUUGAAGCCGAGCUUCAGUAUGAUUGAGAAAGUUAUUUCACUGUAUUGGGAGACUGGUGAGAAAGAUGGAGCAGUUUUGUUCGUCAAGGAGGUGCUUCGGAGGGGGAUUGCAUAUUCAGAUGAUAAUAGGGAGGAGCACAAGGGAGGUCCAAUUGGUUAUCUUGCAUGGAAGAUGAUGGCGGAAGGAAACUACAAGGAUGCGGUAAACCUAGUAAUCGGUAUGAGAGAAUGCGGAUUAAAGCCAGAGAUUUAUAGCUAUCUAAUUGCAAUGACAGCUGUGGUGAAAGAGUUGAAUGAAGUUGCAAAAGCAUUACGAAAAUUGAAAGGUUUUACCAAGGCUGGUCUGAUUGCUGAACUGGAUGCAGAAAAUACUGGACUUGUUGAAAAGUAUCAGGCUGAUCUCUUGGAUGCUGGUGUGCGCUUGUCUAAUUGGGUAAUGCAAGAGGGAGGCCCUUCUCUUUACGGUAUUGUCCAUGAGAGGCUUCUUGCCAUGUAUGUCUGUUCUGGCAGAGGAGCUGAGGCCGAAAGACAGUUAUGGGAGAUGAAGCUUGUAGGAAAGGAGGCUGACAAAGAUCUCUAUGACAUUGUUUUAGCCAUAUGUGCGUCACAAAAGGAGGCAGGUGCGAUUGGGCGAUUGCUGACCAGAAUGGAAGUCACAAGUGCCUUACGCAAGAAGAAAACAUUGUCGUGGUUGUUGAGAGGUUACCUUAAAGGUGGUCAUUUUGACAAUGCUGCAGAGACGGUAAUUAAAAUGCUGGACUUGGGUUUGUGCCCAGAGUUUCUGGACAGAGCAGCCGUCCUACAGGGACUCCGGAGAAGAAUCCAGCAAUCGGAAACUCUAGAAACUUACCUUAAGCUUUGUAGACGCCUGUCUGAAGCAAGUUUGAUUGGACCCUGCAUGGUAUAUUUGCAUUUAAAGAAACAUAAGCUCUGGAUCAUGAAAAUGCUUUGACUAGCAACAAGCGGAGUAAUCAGAAUCCUACUGAAGGAUCAGGGUCCUUUAGGGUAAGUUCUUGUUCUCCGCAAUACUGUGUGGAAGUGUAUAGUUUUUUUUUUGUAUGGGGACUUGAGAACAGCAAGUAAAAUCUUGAAUCUUGUUCUCAAGCUUCCAGUCUUGUGUACAUGUUUUAUCUUUAUCCACUUUUUCGAUCCUAGAUAAGAAUGCCCAACAAGUUGUACGUGUAAAACACUCAAAAUUCUCCCCGGUAAUGUGUGAGUUUUUCUGAAGCUGAAGCCUUUCUCAGUCUGCAGUAACUAAGAUUCCUAAUGGCAAGUAACGAGCUCUAAGAUUCAUAGCAAA